UCUAUAUAACCUAACAGAAAUAUAUCAAAGAAUUAGAAAUAAUAGACAUUUUAAAAAUUAUAAUUCUGUAGAGGAUAGUUGGGAGAUAUCUUAGUUAGAAAGUUGCACUCUGUAUUGGUGCCCACUACCCAUUUUGGGUAAUGUAUACGUUUUAAAAAGUCGUAUAUGUAAAUAUGUACCUUCAGUUUAAGAUUUGUUUGGUGUUUGGACAACGAAUCACAUGUAUACUCUAUCCAACUUCUGUGUUGGUAAUUCAAUAAAUACUCUAUUAUGUCGGUAGGAGUUGAGAGUGAAUGUACACCGGUAAAUCUACCAAACUCUUUAAGAUUGUCUUUCAGGUACCAAACAAACUCUUACCAAUAAAGCUACUUUCCUUUUAUAUAAAAAAAAUAACUAAAAACAAUUUUGAAAACCAAUAUUAUUAUUUGGCAUGUUUUGUCGAUGAUUAAUUUCAAAAUAUCGAGAUAGCUAUUUUGAAAACAAAUUUGAAACAUACUAUAUUGUUACAAAAGAUCAAUAAUACCAUAUGAUAAACUACAUGGCAGCCUUACAAAGCUGAGAAGGUGAUGUUUUUUAAUAUUUGCUCUGGUAAAUACGGGUAUUUUCAGAUAGUUAUAUGCAAUCAUGUUAUUUUACACUAUUUGAUGUAGAGUUUCAACCGAAAUAUAACAUGAUAGGCUUCCGAAAAUCGUUUUCUCAAGAAACCAUGUUUUUCAAAAUUAGUUGGACGUUGCUAUAAUAGGAAACCUUGAAUUAAUGACGCGAAAACAUGAUUUAAAGGAUUUGUGUUUGGUAGUUGGUAAAAGUAGAAAGGUCGCUUCUUAGGGUAAAAGAGAAGGACAAAGCAGGUAUAAACCAACUCUCUAUAUCUUCCACACUAUUUCUUAAUGACACUUUUAGUCUUCUAAAAAUCAUUUUGGUUCAACUUGCUUAAAUUCCUUUUCAAGUAUUAGCGAAGGUUAUGAUUGUUGGAGAAUACGUACACUGUAGAAACUCCACAAGACAAUGAAAGACAUCAUCAGCAUGUUUUCUGCAGGAAACCCUAUAACUAACAUUUUUAAAUCUAUUGAUUUGAAUACUCUACUUUGGGUGCUCAACCUCCUUACCAAACUCACCGUGACAAAUUCUAGUAUUUUAUAUUAUUGUAACAUAAAUACCCAUAACUCGAUGCAGUACGAAACCAUCACACGUUGUCUUGUGCACUGUGAUAUAAUAAUAUGUUUACAUAGGAUCAAAUUAAUCAAGUGGUAAACUACAACAAAACGCAUGUCGCCAUUUCAAAUUUGAACGUGUCUAUACUACGAUUACUAUUGUAAAACAAACAUAAAUGCGUCUUCCCAUUGAUAUUGUGAACAAGAUCAUGUCAAUAUUCAAUUAUAUAUAUUUAUAAUUUUGAUACCAGAGCCCACUAGCCACUCCUUCAAACGUGUCUUACCAACUCUCUUCUAGAAAGAGUUUAGGCUUGUCCUCACCUCACCUCUCUCUCUUUUAAAACAUCUCUCCAUAAAACCCUAGUUUUCAUCAUAACAAGACCAUCAUCACAAGAUAUGGGGAGGUCUCCAUGCUGCGAGAAAGACCACACCAACAAAGGAGCUUGGACCAAGGAAGAAGACCAGAAGCUCAUCUCUUACAUCAAAUCCCACGGCGAAGGUUGUUGGCGCUCUCUCCCUGCAUCCGCCGGCCUUCUCCGCUGCGGCAAAAGCUGCCGUCUCCGUUGGAUUAACUACCUCCGUCCUGAUCUCAAGAGAGGUAACUUCACCCUCGAAGAAGACGAUCUCAUCAUCAAACUACAUAGCCUCCUCGGCAACAAGUGGUCUCUUAUUGCGACGAGGUUACCUGGAAGAACAGAUAACGAGAUUAAAAACUACUGGAAUACACAUGUGAAGAGGAAGCUUUUGAGAGGAGGGAUUGAUCCCGCUACUCAUCGGCCGAUCAAAGCUCGACGAGAUGCGUCUGAAGCUAGAGAAACAGAGGACUCGCUUGUAAAGGUUCUCUCUUUCGGUCCUCAGCUGGAGAAGGAGGAAAGUUCUAGGGAGGAGGGAAGGUUUAAGAAGAGUCUCACUUGCAAAACGAAGAGCUUGGAUUUGAAUCUUGAGCUAAGAAUCAGCCCGCCAUGGCAAGACCAACAGCAACGUGAUGAGAGGAAACUCUUGUUUGGGAGAGAGAAGUAUCUCUGCAGUGCGUGUCGUUUUGGGUUGGGAAACGGUAAGGAGUGUAGCUGUGAGAAUGUGAGAUGUCAUAUAGAUGACUCUAGUAGUAGCAGCUACUCUUCAAGCGACAUUAGUAGUAGUGUUGUUGGUUUUGACUUCUUGGGUUUAAACACUAGUAGUGUCUUGGAUUAUACUAGCUUGGAAAUGAACUGAAAUUAAUUAAAGAAGAUUGUUGAAAGAUGUGAUAUUAACAAUUUAACGUACUCUUCUCUUGUCUAAUCUCA